AUGGUCAUGGAAAUCGUUAUCUCUGUGAUUCUACUGUUUGUUGGGAUUGCUGUUUUGGUGGUGAUUCAUGUUUGCAUAGUUGGGAGAGCGUUCAAUGGAGGCAGUAACAUUCAAGGAGUUAAUACGGUGGUUCAAAGAAGAAGCAUUGGGAUGAAAAGGAUGUCCAUUGAGGAAUUGAAUAUGCUUCCUUGCUUCGACUACAAGAAAGGAGGUACCGCUAGCCCUGUGGAAUGUGCAGUUUGUUUGGAAGAUCUCAAGACGGGAGAAAAGUGCAGGUUGCUGCCAAAUUGCGGGCACAGCUUCCAUGCUCAAUGCAUAGACUCGUGGUUGUUGAAGACGCCGGUUUGUCCGGUUUGCCGGAGUUGUGUCAAUUCUUCAAAGAUUGAUGCGAGUGUGGGUGAGGGAGCUAGUGUUUCAGGUGAGUUCAGUAUCGAAAUGACGUAG